GAAACUAACCAAAUUAUUACAAACUUUUAUCAAAUGUCUUCCUUAUCCCAAUUAUUUGUUGCAUUACUUUUAUUGUCAGUCACAUAUACUUCAGCUGAUAAUCCCACAGAAUACUGCAACCAAAACACCCUCAUAAGCAGUAGCAGCCCAAUAUCAGCCAACAUAGACCACUUAUUAACUGAUAUAGUCACCAAAUUCCAACAGGGUGCCACCUUUGUUGAGUCCUCAUACGGCGAAAACAAUAACACGGUCUACGGCCUGGCUCAAUGCCGAGGUGAUUUAGGGUCCAAGGACUGUUUGGCCUGCAUCCAAGACGCGGCCAAACAGGUCCGAGAACUCUGUCCUAGCCAAUCUGAUGCUCGGAUUUGGUAUGACUAUUGCUUCUUAAGGCAUAGUCAAGAUCAAUUCUUUACUCAUUUGGAUACCUCAAAUGGCUUCUUAUAUGCAAACACAGCACAUGUAACAGACCCUGAUAUGUUUAACCAUGAGUUGGGGAAUAUAUUCAAAAAAAUCGUGUCCAAAGCGGUGAAGCCUUCGAGUGGUGGAUUAGCGAAAGAUAAGAAGAAAUUGACAGAUUUUGAGACAUUAUAUGCAUUGGUUCAGUGCACAAGGGACUUAUCUCCUCUCUCUUGUGCUCAAUGUUUGGGUGAAGCUAUUCAGAAUUUUGGGGGUUUCUGUAGUAAUAGUCAGGGUUGCAGAGUGUUGUAUAGUAGUUGUUACAUUAGAUAUGAGCUUUACCCUUAUUUCUUCCCUUUGGAUGGUCAAUCUCCUAAAAACAAGGGUCAUUCUCUAAUGAAACCGCUCACUAAUCAUCCUUAAUUAAGCUGCCCGAAAAGAUUAAAACAUGUACUUAAUAAGGCAAAGAGAGAAAAUAAAGCUUUACCUAGCCAAGUUGUUUUUUUGAAUGUAAGGAAACAAAUUGUAUUGUGUUAUCUUGUUUAUGUUUGACAAUAAUUUGUACGAAAUUGCAAUGUUUGCUACUGAUAUUCGGAAGAAGUUGGA